GACCAGGCGGCUGGCACUCCCGGCCUUGAGCACUAUGCUGCGCUCAUUGCCGAGGCCUGGGCAGAAUGGCAGGUGCACUGGGUGGCCGUGGUGGGCAAAGGCUGGCCUUCGGGGACAGACGAUUUGGGAGUUGCUUCGUCCGGCCGCCUCCGCCUGCGCCGGGG